AUGUUUUCUCUUCAUGAGCUGUUAGGGGCUUUACCACAUGUCCUUUCUGGGAAGUUUCUCCUGGGUGUGAUAUUUUUAUAUCUUCUAUAUGGACUCUCCGUCUGCAUUUACCGCGUAACGCUUCACCCGCUCGCUCGUUUCCCUGGCCCCAAGCUCGCAGCCGCAACCUUUUGGUACGAAUUCUAUUAUGAUCUGUUUCCACGGAAACUACAGUACCUAUGGAAGAUUGAGGAGCUACACAAAAGAUAUGGACCAAUCGUUCGCAUUAACCCAAUUCAUCUUCACAUCAAUGAUCCCGACUACCUGGACGAGAUAUAUGCCGGAGGCAAGCGAAAGCGCAACCGGGACCCGUGGUACUAUCGCUCGGAGCCAAAUGGACCUCUUGGCUGGUCCGUAUUCCAGGCCGUCGAGCACGAUGUCCACCGAAUUCGUCGGGCGGCGUUGAGCCCUUUUUUCAGUAAGCGCUCCAUCCAACAACUCGAGCCCAUGGUGGUAGAAAAAAUCGAAGCUCUUUCCAAUCGUUUCGGAGCCGCUGCGCGCACCGGUGAAAUCGUUCCUCUCACAUACGCCUGCGGUGCCUUGACAAUGGAUGUUAUCUCGGCAUAUGCAUUCGGCGCGGAGACCGGCAACAUGGAACGCCAGGACUAUGGCGCCGAGCAUCUCGACGCCUACAGUCAAUUAGGUCAGUAUGGGCCUUUCGGACGCCAGUUUCCUUGGAUUGCCAAAAUGUGUCUCACGGUUGUUCCGCCGAGCCUGAUGCAGCGAAUCAGCCCCGCCGCCGCCCUCAUUCCAAAGAACAGGCUGUUUUUCCGUGGUAUGAUUAAGGAUGCUAUAACCCAACAGGAGAAGGAAAAGAAGGACGAUCCCGAGAUCAUGACACAAGAGAAGAAGGCGAAAACUAUCUUUCAAGAUAUUGUUCAGAGCAAACUGCCCCCCAGUGAAAAAGCUCCAGCUCGCUUAGCAGCCGAGGCGAAUUUGUUGCUCAUCGCAGGCACUGAGACUACCGCCAGAACGCUUGCCGUUGUGCUCUUCCACAUCUUAGACAAUCCCACAGAGUUACAGCGGUUGCGAGAGGAGUUGGCUCCGCUUAUGCCUUCCCCUGGCGCGCGACUUCCCCUAGCUGCGCUAGAAGCUCUGCCCUUUUUUUCUGCCAUGAUCACCGAAGGUAUUCGGUUGGCUCAUGUGGUUUCAAGCCGGAUGCCUCGAUAUGCUCCAGAGGAGAACCUACAGUACGGCGAAUGGUUUAUACCUGCAGGCACUUGUGUGAUGCAGUCACAUUAUCUCCACCAUACAAACUCCAAAAUCUUCCCCGAUCCAUACUCAUUCAAGCCUCAGCGCUGGCUUGAUGACCCCGAACUACGGCCACGAUACUUUUUAGGCUUUGGUAGAGGCUCCAGAAUUUGCCUAGGCAUUAAUCUUGUAUAUGCCGAGCUUUACCUCUCCGUUGCACUUAUUUUAACACGAUUUGAUAUGGUCCUGCAUGAUACAGUCAGGGAACGGGACGUUGAUGUGAAGCGAGACUGUAUCAUUGGGCUCCCGAGUCCGGAGAGUCGAGGCAUUCGUGUGAAAAUCACGCGUGAUAGAGCAGUUUGA